AUGGGCGACCCGCACCUCCUCUCCUCCGCCCACCCCACCGCUGCCGCCGCCGCCGCCGCCUCCUCCUCGGCUCGAGAACACCCUGGCCCCAUCGACGAGGACCUCGCCGCGCCCGAUCCUUCCCCGUCCGUCGCCAAACGUCCUAGGGUUGCGGCGGAGCCGCCCGCCUCCGGCGGCUGCGUUCCGUACGUCGAGGCGGAUGUACGAGCUCUUGUAUCGAUGGCAGGAGGAAUUUACCCGCUGGCGCGGGCAGAGGCGCUCCGUGGACUCACCGCGGUCCUCGAGAAGGUCGACCCCAGCAGCCGUGCCAGCGUAGUGAUCACGGAGUGCUCCUACCAAUGCGCGGUGGUGCUCAUGAGGGACGACGACAACGGCGUCAGGUUAGCCGUCGUGCGAUUGGUAGACGCGUGUGCUCGAAAUUUUUCAGCGAGAUUGGAUUUCGAUGCCGAUGGCUAUGGUGACCUGAUGGACAUGAUUUUCCUACAGCUAAGCUCCAUGGCUAGGGACAUGUGCACACAAGUGAGAAUGGAAGCAUUCGCUGCCCUAGGUAAAAUGCAACGAGUUUCUGAGGGUGUUCUGCUGCAGUCGCUGUAUAAGAAAGUCAUAAAAACUGACAGUAUGGAUGUUUCUAUCAUCAACGGGCAAAAAUUACCUCCUAAACUAAAAAUUCCCUGUGCUGCUGGGAUUUUUUCCCAUGGAAUUGAAGAUGAGUUUUACCAGGUGAGAAGAACUGCUUGCAAAUCAUUAGGAGCACUAGCAAAGUUUUCUACUCAGUACACUGAGAAGGCCUUGGAUUUGUUGAUGGACAUGAUGAAUGAUGAUUCGGAAGCAGUUAGGCUGCAGACUUUGGAAGCACUAUUUCAUAUGGCAACAUAUGGAUGUUUGAGUGUGCAGGAGAAGCACAUGCAUAUGUUUCUUGGAUUGCUGGUUGAUGCCAAUGCCUUAAUUCGAGAUGCAGCACUCAAGAUCCUUGGGUUAGUCAACAUGCCAAAACUUCAAAUAUUCAAAUCUGCAGUUGAUGGUCUUAUUACAAGUUUGGAGAAAUAUCCAGAGGAACAGGAUAUAUAUGGUAUUCUAUUUUCCAUUGGUAAGAAUCAUGGGAGCUUUUCAGCUAACAUAGCUAAACAUUUGGCCAAAGAGAUCACUAUGGCAUCUGAUGGAGAGCUUAUCUUGGACAAACCAAGGGUCAAAGCAUUGUUAAUAGUGUCUAUUUCAGCACCUUUUUCUGAUGAUAAGCACAAGAAGCUGAACAUACCUUCGAUUAUCUUCUCACAUGCAAUUCCUCUACUGGAGAAGGUCUCGUGUGCACUAGGAGGAGAGGUUAGUCAGGAUUCACUUUUAUCUUACUUGUGUCAUAAAGGUGGAAUGCCAUUUUGGGAAAACAGAUCAGUAUCUGCAGAGUUUGGAGAGUCUGAAAGCUGCAAUGUUGAAAAAGUGGAAAUUGGUGCCCAUGUAGAAAAUACUGCAAAGGAAACCAAGUGUCUAGAUGAAGUUCUGGUAAUGCAAUCCAUGAAAUCCAUACUAGAAAUAGUUGAAGGAUCCUGGACUAUGAGAAUGCCGUGCAAUGUUUGUGAAGUCCGGUCUAUUUUGAGAACAUGCAAAGAAGAGCUAAGAUUAUUGGCAGAAAAUUCUUCUGGAUCAAUUGGUGCAUUCUUGAGCUUUCUGAGUGAGUAUCUUGAUGCAAUAUUGUUCAUUGUUGAAAUAUGGCAGUUGAUUCAGUUGGACAAUCCUUAUACUUUUGGCCUAACGUCACUUGAUAUUUUACUGGAGAAGUUGGAUAUGUCUGUAAGAAGGAUGGAAUACUGUUAUGUUGGAUUAAAUAGAGUAUUGGAGGUCCAAGUGUUGGAGCUUUCUUUGAUAGCUCAUUUAUUUAGACUGUCAAAGAUUGCAGUUUGUUCCAAGGUAGUUCUGGGUAAGUUGCUUUGGGUAAUUAAUCGCUUAGAGGAUCUGUGUGCUGAUGGGUCCUGUGAACUGUCUGACUUCAGUAGAGAAAUUAAGAAGGCCUGUGAUACCAGCCCUACUGGCGAUAAUCUGAUUGGCAGCAUUAACAAUUUGUUUCAACUCUUCCGUCUAAAACCAACAACAGACUUUGGAAUGCUUAAAGUGAUAAAUGCAGGGUUGCGAGUCUGUGAUAACAAUUCUGAAAACCCAUUACAAUACAUUUGUGGAUUACCAGUGGGCGUCAGCUUUAAAAUAUCUCUGUGGAACGUAUCUAGUCAUCAUAGAUUGUGGCUCCGCAUGACUAUUGGUGAAUCUAUGCAACAUACCUUCCUAGAGUUUUCUGGUUUUGGAGGCAAUGAUGAGGUGAAGAGUGGCUCUAUGGUUGCUCCUCUGUAUGCUACUCCAAAGGCAUGUUCAUUUGUGCUUCGGGGAUCAGCACCCACCAGGGAGGACAUGGAGGACCGAGUAAUUGUGUGGUUCAACUCUCUGAUGAACUGA